AUAUAAGUGGUCGUUUAUAUAUAUUCAUACUUGCCUCCUUCCAUAUACCUCUAUGCUCAUGAAAAAUCGGAGACUUGCUUUAUGAUUUUUAUGUGUCUUUCUAACCAAGUGAAGUAGAGAGUUUCUCUGUCUUGAAAAUUAGAUUUUGUGUAGAGGUUUUAGGAAUUGCUCGGAAAAGGAUUGAAUUCGGACCAGCUCAGUAACCCAAACUCAAUGACCAGCUCAGUCGUCACAGCCGGUGGCACCAGUGACAAGAACAAGGGUGUAGCGGUCCAGCAACAACCAUGUAUGGCUCGUGAGCAAGACCAAUACAUGCCAAUCGCUAACGUGAUAAGGAUCAUGCGUAAAAGCUUACCGGCGCACGCCAAAAUCUCCGACGACGCUAAAGAAACGAUUCAAGAAUGCGUCUCCGAGUACAUCAGCUUUGUGACCGGUGAAGCUAACGAGCGUUGCCAGCGUGAGCAGCGUAAGACCAUAACUGCUGAAGAUAUCCUUUGGGCUAUGAGCAAGCUUGGGUUCGAUAACUACGUGGAUCCCCUCACUCUGUACAUUAACCGGUACCGUGAGAUAGAGACCGAUCGUGGGUCGGCCCUUAGAGGUGAACCUGCAGUGUCGUUCAGACAAACCUAUGGAGGAAAUGGUAUUGGGUUUCACGGACCACCACAUAGCCUACCUCCUUCGGGUCCUUACGGUUUUGGUAUGGUUGAUCCAACCAUGGGUAUGGGUGGUGGUCGGUACUACCAAAAUGGGUCUGGUCAGGAUGGAUCCGGUUCUGGUACUGGCGGUUCUUCGUCUUCUAUCAACGGAAUGUCGUCGGUUUAUGACCCAUAUGUUCAGUAUAAGUGAAGAUGCAUGUAAUCAUUCUUCCUUUUUCUAUUCAAAGCAUGUAUUUGGAUGAAUGUUAUAAUUUUAUGUCUUAUGAAUAACAUUUCUAUAUAAUGUUGAAAAGUGUUGAAUUUCA